UAGUAGUGAGGGUGGUUUGCUUACAGGUUUUAGAGGGCGCCGUUGCUGCGGGUUUGUCCCGGAGCGACUCGGUUCUUCUUUUUUUUUUUUGUUUGUUUUUAUUUUUUUAUUUUUCCUUACAUUACAGUCGUGUAAAGUUUUAGAACUUGUAUAUAUAUUUUUUUGUUGUUGCUGUUGUUUGUUUGCUAACCCCUCACACUGAAACUUUUCCGCCGCGGCACAGCGCAUGGAGCGAAGACGCGGGAUGGGGAAAACGGCGCUGCUGGCCGUGCUCUGCUUCUGCGUGCGCGCGGCCGCCGGCUCAGAUCCCGCAGAAGCUGAGAUGAAUUUUGAAGGGAUUGAGAGCAAGUUUUCUUUAAGAACACCUGCAGAGCCUGAUGAGGAUGUCUGCUACCUGGUUCCUGGGCAGAUGGAUAGCUUGGCACAGUGCAAUUUCAACCAGACCAGUAAAACCUUUGUGGUGAUCCAUGGGUGGACGGUGACAGGAAUGUAUGAAAGCUGGGUCCCAAAGCUGGUGGAUGCUCUGUACAAGAGGGAACCUGAUUCAAAUGUUAUAGUUGUGGACUGGCUGGUUCGAGCUCAGCAGCACUACCCAGUGUCUGCUGCUUACACGAAGCUGGUGGGAAAGGAUGUUGCUAUGUUUAUUGACUGGAUGGAGGAGAAAUUCAAUUACCCUCUCAAUAAUGUCCACUUGCUGGGGUACAGUCUGGGUGCUCAUGCUGCUGGGAUUGCUGGGAGUCUAACCAAGAAGAAGGUGAACAGAAUUACUGGUCUGGAUCCUGCUGGUCCCACCUUCGAGUAUGCUGAUGCCCCUAUCCGCCUUUCCCCGGAUGAUGCUGACUUUGUGGAUGUUCUGCACACCUACACUCGAGGCUCUCCAGACCGCAGCAUUGGGAUUCAGAAACCCGUUGGACACAUCGAUAUCUACCCUAAUGGUGGAGGUUUCCAGCCAGGCUGCAACUUGGGAGAAGCUCUCCGCCUGAUUGCUGAAAAAGGCUUUUCAGAUGUGGAUCAGCUGGUGAAGUGCUCUCAUGAGCGAUCCAUUCAUCUCUUUAUUGACUCACUCCUCUAUGAAGAGAAGCCCAGCAUGGCCUACCGCUGCAACACAAAAGAAGCCUUUGAGAAGGGCCUCUGCCUAAGCUGCCGGAAGAACCGUUGCAACAACUUGGGUUAUAAAGUCAAUAGAGUGAGAACAAAGAGAAACACCAAAAUGUACUUGAAGACCCGCGCUCAGAUGCCCUACAAAGUCUUCCAUUAUCAGGUCAAGAUACAUUUCUUUGGAAAGACCAGUGUGACCAAGGUAGACCAGCCAUUCCUGAUCUCUCUGUAUGGCACUCUAGAUGAGAGUGAGAACAUUGCUUUCACACUGCCUGAAAUCUCUUCCAACAAGACCUUCUCCUUCCUGAUCUACACAGAAGUGGACAUUGGUGACCUGCUUAUGCUAAAGCUGCAGUGGGAGAAAGAUACCUUCUUCAGCUGGUCAGACUGGUGGACUCCAUUUGCAUUCACCAUCCAGAGAGUCAGAGUGAAGUCAGGCGAAACUCAGAAAAAGGUGGUAUUCUGUUCUCGAGAUGGCAGCUCACGUCUUGGUAAAGGAGAAGAGGCAGCAAUAUUUGUGAAGUGCCUUGAGCAGCCUGUCAGCAGGAAGAGGGGAGGUGCCAAGAAAGCCUCUAAAGAAAAUUCUGCACAUGAGUCUGCUUAAAAAGUGGCAAGAAUGAGAUUUUCCACACUGGGGAGGAGGAGGGAAUCUGUUCAUCAUUGAAGUGGAUGUUCAGAUCUGAAUAUAUAGAAAUAUUUAUCUGCUGCCGGCUUUUUUUGCCUGCUUUAUCUAGCUAUAUUAGGAAGCUUCUUGUAAGGAAGUCUCAGCAUACAAAGUUACUAACCAUAAAGUUAUGUUAUCUGAAUAGUUAAAAACAAAGAAACCUCUGCAACAACUUGCUAAAGGCUUGAGUGUUAGGAAGAAAUAAGUAAUUUUGCUUAAUCCUGGUGCCUUGUGACAGUUUCUUGAUGUCAACUCCUCUUUAUCAGUUUUGUAGUAUUUAUUGAAAAGACACAAAGCUUCUGUACUUGGUCUCUUCUUAGUGUUUUUUUUGUUUCUAAUUUUUACUUUUUAAGAAAUCUUCUGGAACUGCAGAUCUUUCUUUUUUGUUGUUGUUGUUCUCCUGGCCUUGCUAACUGAAUUUUCAGACAGUUCAGAGGCUAGAAUUCAUUGUCUUCAAGUGUGUUUGGCAAGUGAGUAGUUUUUCAUAGAAAAAAUACCCUUGUGUGUAAAGCUAUAACAGAUGUCAGGGACUGGUUCAAUAUGGGGAUGAAUCUUCUGGGUUGUGGUUAUGAAUGUGGUUUACUGGGUGUAGAUGCCAAUGCUUCUUAGCAAUAGUUAUGAUCUAUUAAGAUAUGUAAUCCCAUGCAGCUUAUCCUGGAAUAAAUAGCAAUAGGAGAAGACAGCAAUACCAGUGUCCUCUGCAGGCAUUCAACUUUUCAUUCAUGCUUUCAUCCCUCAAGAAUGGAGUCAUCUAACUUCCAUCACUAAGAAACUGCAAUGGAAUUAAGCUACAAAGAAAUGCAUUUUAAAACUGAAUGUCAGUCACUCAGCUGAGUGGCAGCUGUAUCCAGUUUUUGGUGCAACUGAAACCAGUUGCCAGGUGACAAAUAUACUCCUGCUUCCCUGUGCUGGAAUUGUGACUUCCAGUGACCAGCUUCUGCUGCUUGGCUGUGAUAGAAUGGUACAUCCUAGGAGUUGCUUGGUUUUCUGAUCUGAGGUGGAAUUCAGCAGGGAGCAGGAGCUGUGACAUUUAAAGGAGCCUGAUUUUGUGAUGCACAAAAAUGAAUGCUCUGAAAAACACUUGAAUUGGACGUGCUGUGAGUUGCCAAAAAUAGAUGUAUUGAAGGCUUUUUGCUUUUUCUUUCUUCAAGUAAUGCAAGAUUUUUCUUACGCUUGGAAAAAAAAAAAAUAGCCUUUAGUUUUCUAGUCAAUAAACAAAAAACUGGGGAGGCAGAAGGGUUUGAAGAUAGGCAUUUCGAGAAAUGUAAUGUGAGCUAUUGGUGCUGGUUUUCAGUCUUUUCCCACAUGUGCAAGACAAAAUGUGGAGGUGGUGAUCCUCUAAGAUCCUAUAUUUGAUACAAAACCAACAGAAAUACAUGUAUGUGCACAGUUGUUUUCUUCCUAGCCAUGGCUGCUAGUAUAUAUGGGGAUAAAAGUUAUAAACAGUGCAAUACGUUGGAAUAUUAAUAACUCCAAAACUGCUUACAUUUGAUUUCCUCACUAUGGCAGAGAUAGGAUGAGUCACUGAGGGUGGGGCUGAGUAUUGAGCCACUGCUAUUGAGGCCUCUAAAAAUAAAUACAAUGAUAUAUUCCCUCCAGACUUCACAUUCUGUUGCAGUUUUCUCAUUAAGAGUGAAAGUUUUCUGGAAAUAAAAUGUGUGUAAACAGGUAUGCCUUUAAUACAGGAUCUAAUACAAAUACAUACGGAACUUGGAUUCAAAAUAAUGAAGAUUCUUUUACAUGGGGACACAUGAUUUAGCCUUGAAUGUUAUUUAUUAGCUGUAAAUACCAUAUUUAUGUGUUUAAAGGUAGUUUGUAUAUAUUGCUGAAGUUGCCAAGAGUCUUUACAUUUAUACAGUUGUGUGGUAUUCAUCCUGUAUAUAGCUUACAGAAAGAUUUUUAUUAACAAACCAUUUACACUGCAUUAUUUCUGGUGUGGUUAAUAAGCUUUUGAAAAAAGAAAGCUCCUCAGUUUUGUACAAAAUGGAGACCUGUGGUUUUAAUAAAACUCUCAAACUGG